UUCUGAUGAAUGUUUUUUUUUUAUAUUUAAGCUCAUGUUGAAGUGAUUUACAGGGACAAAGACAAUAUGUGAUUCUCAGUAGUACUCGGUGAUUACUUUUUACAGGAGGGGUGGGUAAUUCCCCAGGACAGAACAGGUCACAUGUAAGGGCCGGUGGAGACACCGAGGGGUGUAAAGAACAGGUGGGACAGAGGGUUGUUUAAAAAGGGUGGGAUGGAGUGAUGUAAAAGAAGACAGGAUAGAAAGAUGGAGAUGGUGCUAACAGAUGGACUGAAGGGGGAUUAUGGAUGCUCUUGGUAGAGUGUGACACCAAUUUCCAAGGAAAGGCAGGAAAAGGAGGAGAUUUGGGAAGGAUUUUACCAAAAAAGGGGAAAAGCAGAAAUAAUCACAGAAGGGUAAGGAGAGAAACUGCAUGCUGAAUGAAAGAGACGAGACAUUUUGUUUAACAACUGCACAAGAAGGAAGAAAAAAAAUGAAAAUGAAUGGAUGGAAACGGGGGAAUUAUUAAGAUGGACGUGAUGUAAGAAGUUCAAUGUGCACAGGGAUCUCUUUCUCAUUUCUGCUUUAUAUAAUUUUCUCAAUUUCAUUCUCAUCCCAAAAGAUUUUUUUUUUUUUUUUUGUGCGUGGACACUGGCAUCCCUGUUUGCCCUUCUCUUCCUUACCUCUAGGUAGCAUGUUGGACCACAUGUCCAGGCGCUCUCGCUCCCUGCUCUCUCUUUUCCUGACCUCCCUUGCCCUUGCUUUAUCUGUGCUGGCUUUCUGUACGUCUUACUGGUGUGAAGGAACGCACAAGGUGGUCAAACCUCUCUGCCUUUCACCUGUCAAGAUGAAGAACUGCGGUCAGAACAAUAGUGAGCCUUACACUACAGAAAGCCCCACCCCAGAUCCACGGGGCACUUUACCACCAAAGCGAAGGGAGGAACUAGCCAGGAUUCGUCAAAGGCAAUUGGCCAACGCAGUUCACUACAUUUGGGAGACGGGAGAAGACAAGUACACCUUCAGAUAUUUCCACACAGGAUUUUGGGAGUCUUGUGAAAAACACGCUGAUGGAGAACGAUGUCGCCGGUUCUUAGAUCUUACUCCUGGAGAGACUCAUGGUGUUCUGUGGUUGUCAAUGAUUGCUGAGUUCAUGUACAUCAGUUUGUUGGGGAUGGGGUUUCUACUCAUGUGGGUGGAAGUGUUGUGUGCUCAUAAAGAAAUGCAUGCGCUCAAAAUCAAUGCUUUUGCAGCCAUGUGCACUGUGCUCUCAGGACUGUUAGGGAUGGUGGCUCAUAUGAUGUACACCACCGUAUUUCAGCUGACUGUGAUUGUGGGGCCCAAAGACUGGAGACCUCAGACAUGGGACUACGGUUGGUCAUUUGCGUUGGCAUGGGUGUCUUUCAGCUGCUGCAUGGGUGCUGCGGUUAUGACCCUUAAUUCUUACACCAAAACAGUCAUUGAGAUGCAUCACCGCCAGAGACUUCGAUUAGAAGAGGCCCGCGCUACAACCCACGCUCCAUCCUACGAUGAGGUGGUCCCAGGGGGCGGGAUCUACUCCGUGAGUGGCCUGUUACAGUGCCCGAAUGGGAUGAUGGACUCUGUGUGGGCAUCCAAUGGGAACAUGAGAAUGGUGCAAGAGGAAGAUGUGCCCACCCUGGUACUGGUUGGGGGAUGCAGACCGGAUACGUGUGAGGACUGUGAGAGAGAGAUAGAUGAGAUGAAGGAGGCCAUGAAAGGAAUAGAUUCCCCUUGCUGAUUCACCCAAAAAUGAAAAAUCUGACUUCAUUUACUCCAACACAUUUUGCUCCUAAGCUCAGUUAAUUUUUUUUGUCGGUGGAACACAAAAGAAGAUUUUUUGAAGAAUGUUGGUAAUCAGAUAGUUUUGGUUGCCUUUAAAAAAACUCUGCAACAUAUCUAUUUUUGAGUCAUGCGGGUUUGGAACGACAAGAGUGUGAGUAAAUGAUGUCAGAUUUUUAUUUUGGGUGAAAUAUAGCUUUAAUGGGUUUUUACAACAAAGGCCUUGUCUGUUUCGUUUGUCUGAUUAACUGACUGACUUGCAAAAAUUGUCUAUGCAAAAUGUCCCUAUAGAUGAUUUUUUUUAGGUAUGUGUGUGGCUGAAAUUCAGUCAUUAUGAGUGAGAGAGACUGUAGACAUACAGCAGAUGUGAGAAAGGAGAAAGGUGUGUUUAAAUCAUUCAGUGAUUGGAUUUUCAAGUGUGAGGAUUCCAGGAAAUUGUAUUUAUGUAUUGAUGAGACUCUUGAGUGGAUUACGUUGAGAUUGUUUCAGAUCACAAAGCCUGUUUUAUUUUUAGUUAUGCAUCUCAUCUGUUAUAUACAAAAAGGUGUUCUGUUAUAUCAAAUCUUUUAUGCUAUAUUUGUGUUAUUUAAUAACUCUGUUGCUCAGAAAAGCAUCUGAUACCAUAGCUAAUGUACAGACUUGCUUAAAAGAGCAUUAUUACUAACAAAAUCUAAAAUGCUUGAAUAUUUACUAAAUGUGGAAUUGUUGCAACCA